AUGCAAGGAGGAUUGCACGGCAAGACUACGAGCCAAAUUGAAGAGAAGGAACAGCAGAUUACUGCACGGGCGGAGGCUGUCCAGAGUUUGCGUACUCGGGAGAUUCGAUCAAUCAUGAAAGCGUAUGUUUGCGUCUUCGUCAAGAACCUGAAGAAAAUACAAAGCUACAACUGA